GCAUGGCAUGGCAGGGCUUAGGACAUGUGGUCAUCUUCAUCACGAAGCCUUCUGCAGACACUGGGUACAGCGAAAUGGUUGCACCCACCAACGGUGUCGUGGUUCCGUUCGAGUCGGAAAUCGAUCAACGUGUCCGAGAGAUGGGAUGCGCAAAGUUUGGUGAGAUCUUGAAGAAGCCCAGAGUUCCCAGUGCAGGUGAGAUCGAGAAGAACGCCAAGCACGUCGAGCAUCGUCAUCGCCUUUCUCAGAAGCUUUUCAGACUUUCAGACCAUAGUCCUUUUCUACUUUGUUGUGUUUGUUCGCUCCUCUAUGGACGAUGGGAAGUCGCGAAGCUGAAGUACGUGGGGCAGACGCCCGCAGAGAGAAGCCAGAGAUCGAAGUGGAAUGCGGACUGCGGCUGUGACCUGUGA